AUGGCGUCGGACGGCCUCUCCUUGCCAGAUCAGAUUCGCCAGCUGAACGACGCACGAGUCCUUGUUCUCGGUGAUGUCAAAUACUACCCCAGCGUCGUGAAAAGCAUUCUUCCGAUAGUUGGUCCUACUUCGGCCAUUGAGCUACGACGAUGGGGGGCAGAAUUCUUAGCCGAGGCGUUCGCGACGCCGGCGCUGCCUAAUGGGGAGAAGGAAACGAUGCAGCCGUUCGUGCUGGCGACCCUGGAGUCGCUGGUAGAGAACGAGGCAGAAGAUGAACAGGUCCUACGCAGUGUGAUCCAGACUGCAGCCAGCAUCUACCCACUGGCGAUGCGCUGGAUAAUCAACAAUGGCUAUGAUACUGUUACCUGGGAAAGGAUGGUGGGUAUAAAGCAGAGAAUACUCAGAACCUGGGACCAGGCCACUCCUUCAGUAAAGAUAUGCUGCAUAAAAUUCGCCCAGCGCGUGAUUCUAGCACAGACUCCAUCAAAUGGUGCCGAGUCAAGAUACGGCGGUGCGCUGGAUGUUUCCCUGGAUAAGGUGCCCCCAAAUCACCAGUCCCUGGACCCAGGACACCUUGAAGCCGAAGGAAUGGGUUUAUUGGAUCGCAUGUUGAGCGUUCUUCAUGAGAGCAGCGAUGCUUUGAUUAUUGACGCGACACUGAACUGCCUAUCUAUCCUUGUGCGAACUCGCCCUCCAACCGCAAACAGAAUCAUCAAUGCUUUGCUUAAUUUUGACCCAUUAAGACUGGUACGGUCACCUAUAACGCCCAAGAUGAAGGUGGCAGUCAGAUCUACGGAAAAAACGACCAGGCUCUUAUUGAUCCAUCUGGCCAAGAGAGAUCCUCACAACCCCAUAGUUCCCAGGAUACAGCAGCAUGUUGAGCGUACGAUGAGGGCAGUUGUCGAGGCGCUUGACGAGACUGGGAGAAAGAGAGCCCUCGAAAAUCAACAACACGAUGGGCUUGACGCCAAGCGGCAACGGGUGGUACCAGAAGUUGUAAUACCGCCGCUUGGCCCUGGGCCUCAUAGCUUAGCUGACGUAUUUUCAUUGACGGAAACUUUGGGCCUGAAAACAUUCGAUAUUUCCCAAGUUCCUCCAGAUCUCAUCACGAAACUAGCUGUCACAACCCUCGCAAGGAUAGAGCCUCAGCUUCUGAUCAAAGCCACCAGCGCCGUGCGUAGCAGGCUUGAUAUUCUUGCAAGUGCUCCGGUGCCAGAAUUGAAUCCCAACACUGCACCUUUGGGCGUUGAUGAUGACGACGAUGAUUAUGAGCCAGACUUUUUUCAGGCAGAGGACACCGAGCAAAUUCUCAACAAACUCGAUAGCUCGCCGCCCCCUUCAAACGAGUUGGCGACAAUGGAUGCCGCCCUUGGACUGAAAUCUUUCCAUCUUCCACAGCCGCAAGCUCUCACUACCGACAUGGCAUUGAGCGCUGGAAAUGAGACCGUAUCGAGGGUCUUGGAAUUAGUGAAAUCUACAGAUGAGCUCUCGGCAAGAAAGAUCAAGGCCGGCUUCACCCGACUAGCGGCGAGCUCUGGUGUGAAGGAGCCCUGGGUGACGACGUUGAUACGACUUGCAACUCGAUCUUCAGCCGGAAUCGAGGAGACGACGGUCAAGGGCGAAGAUGAAACCACGCGGACACAGUCUCUCGGUGCCAACAUCCGAGACGUGCUCUAUGGCUACAUCAUGGAAGACUUUCGCAAACAUAUCGACGUUGCUGUGACGUGGCUGUGUGAAGAAUGGUACAAUGAUAAGAUGCUGGCGAAGGCCGGCGACAAUUUCCCUAUGCACUACGAGAAAUGCGCCCUGCGGCUCAUCGAUGGCUUUCUCCCAUAUAUUCACCCCCAAGACAAAGUUAUCACCCGAUUCCUCAGCGAACUCCCGGAGCUCAACAGAGCGAUCCUGUCACGUGUGAAAAUCAUGUGCCGUGACCCCAGCGUCGUUCAGCUAGCCCUCACAAGUUUGCUGUAUCUUGUCAUGAUGAGGCCGCCCGUCAAGGAAAUUGCGCUUGACACAGUCCAGGGCAUCUGGUCUGAUUAUGAGGAUGCAAGGCCAAUGGCUGCGAAAUAUCUUUCAAAAUACCGGCCAGGCUUCAUAGAAGAAGCAACUCGCCAGUUAGAAGGCGACGGUGCAGUACAGAGCACCGGGGCCCCAAUCGCGACCUAA